CGCUUGCGCCAGCAUUUUGUUUGUAGAGGCUUGUUGCCACACUUUCCCUCAGCCCCGCCCCCGACCUAGGCCGGAGGAAACUAUUAGAUUGUCGGAGGGAGGAGGCGGGAUCAGAAUGGCCCGAGGACCUAUUCCAGACCUGCUUUUUCAGGCGGUGGCCUCGCCGGCCCGGAAGAGAACCUGGGAGGCAGCCGCGGAGCGAGACGGCUAACGGCUCCAGUCAAAAUGGCGGUGGCGGCGACACGAGCCUGGGCCCUACGAGGGGGGCUGGCCUUGGCCCGGCGCGGGCCUCGCGGAUUGGCGGGAUCCGCCGCCAGGAGGCAGCAGGAAAAUUUCUCGUCCCUGGAUGAGAAACCUCAGUUCCCCGGUGCCUCCGCUGAGUUUGUGGAUAAGCUGGACUUCAUCAAACCCAAUGUCAUUUCCGGCAUCCCCAUCUACCGGGUGAUGGAUCGCCAGGGACAAAUCAUCAAUGCCAGCGAGGACCCCCAGCUGCCCCAGGAGAUGGUCUUGAGGCUGUAUAGAAGUAUGACCCUGCUCAACACCAUGGACAGAAUCCUCUAUGAGUCCCAGAGGCAGGGCCGGAUCUCCUUCUACAUGACCAACUACGGGGAGGAGGGCACCCACGUGGGCAGUGCAGCCGCCCUGGACGACACAGAUCUGGUGUUUGGGCAGUACCGGGAGGCAGGGGUGCUCAUGUACCGAGGCUACCCCCUGGAUCUCUUCAUGGCCCAAUGCUACGGCAAUUCGGGUGACCCCAGCAAGGGGCGCCAGAUGCCCGUCCACUACGGCUGCAGGGAAAGGAACUUCGUCACCAUCUCCUCCCCACUGGCCACCCAGAUCCCUCAGGCUGUUGGAGCUGCCUACGCAGCCAAGAGAGCCAAUUCCAACCAGGCCGUGAUCUGCUACUUUGGGGAGGGGGCGGCCAGCGAGGGUGAUGCCCAUGCCGGCUUUAACUUUGCUGCCACCUUGGAGUGCCCCAUCAUUUUCUUCUGCCGCAACAACGGCUAUGCCAUCUCCACCCCAACCUCGGAGCAGUACCGGGGAGAUGGCAUUGCGGCCCGAGGCCCUGGCUACGGGAUCAUGUCCAUCCGCGUGGACGGCAAUGACGUGUUUGCAGUGUACAAUGCCACCAGGGAGGCCCGGCGGCGGGCAGUGGCCGAGAACCAGCCCUUCCUCAUCGAGGCCAUGACCUACAGGAUUGGACACCACAGCACCAGUGACGACAGCUCAGCCUAUCGUUCUGUGGAUGAGGUGAACUACUGGGACAAGCAGGACCACCCCAUCUCCCGGCUGCGCCACUACAUGCUGAGCAGGGGCUGGUGGGACGAGGAGCAGGAGAAAGCCUGGAGGAAGCAGUCCAGAAAGAAGGUGAUGGAGGCCUUUGAAGAGGCUGAACGGAAGCUGAAGCCCCCGGUUAGCCUCAUCUUCUCAGAUGUGUAUCAGGAGACGCCAGCCCAGCUCCAGAAGCAGCAGGCAGCCUUAACCCGCCACCUGCAGACCUAUGGCGAGCACUACCCGCUGGACCACUUUGAGCAGUGAGGCAGAGCUGGAGAGCCAGGGGCUGCCCUGGCCGGGCCCCUCUUCCCUCCCUCCUGCUAUAAAUAGCUUUGGAGAGGCUGUGAUAGGGGCAGAGGUGAGGAGGGUGGGGGUGGAGCAGAAGCCACCCCGUGUGAGCCCUCCCCCUUCCCUAGUGGCCACUGCCCCUGGGAAGGCCGGGUGGGAGGGGGACAGGACAGUGAGCUCCAGCACCUCCUGUCUGUGACAGGGCCUUCUCUCCAGGCCCUUGGGGAAAGCUAGGGCUAUUGAUCCUUAAUCUCCCCAAUUAAUCCUCUGGGCUCCUCAGGGAGGGGUGGGGUACAGGUGGAUUUGUACUAAGGUUUGAGGCCCAGUGGGGGCGGGAGGGGUCACAAAUAGUGGUCUGGUGGCUGGGAGUCAAAUAAAGAUUUCUUUGCAGUUUG